UUGAUCCCCACAGAGAUGGACAGCACCGUUGGCAUUGUGGAUAUAUACGGCUUUGAGGACUUGAGUGUGAACAGUUUUGAGCAGCUGUGCAUAAACUUUGCCAACGAGCAGCUGCAACAGUUUGUGAACAAAGCCCUGGUGGCCCAAGAGCAGGAGGAAUACAGUGCAGAACAGAUCCAGUGGUAUCCAAUAGUUCUGGAAGACUCUAAUGGCUGUCUGGAUCUGAUCUCAGCACGGCCUUAUGGUAUCCUUCGCAUCCUGGAUGACCAGACUUGCCUUCCUCAAGCUACAGACCACACAUUCUUGCAGAAAUGUCACUAUCACCAUGGCAACAAUCCCUACUACACCAAGCCCAAAAUUCCUCUGCCAGUGUUCACAAUAUAUCAUUAUGCCGGAGCUGUCACGUACCAGGCAAGCCUAAUCAAAAUUCUGUAUUCAUGCCACGUGAUUGUCCUGACAUUUUACCCAAGAAUCGCUCAUUUUGUUUUUCCUCACCAGGUGCACAACUUUCUAAAUAAAAAUCACGACCAGUUUCGGCCUGAAGUAUUAGAGCUUUUUGCCCGCAGUCGUUUACAGAUGGUGUCGGGUCUCUUCCGGAAGGUUCAGGAGCGUCACAUCCAACAGAAAGAGCUGGGAAGAGCAAGAGGUUACAGGAACCAGAUGUCAACCGUAGCUGCUCACUUCCAGCAGUCACUUCUAGAGCUCACCACUCGUUUAGAGAGGUGUAAAACUACAUUUAUAAGAUGCUUUAAGCCCAACUAUGUUAAGCUUCCAGGCAUAUUUGAUGUAGACUACAUAACCACACAGCUGAGGCAUGGAGGGAUACUGGAGACCAUUCACAUACGAAAAGAAGGAUUUCCGAUUCGCAUCCCCUUUGCUCUGUUCAUGGAGAGGUAUGGUGUGUUGUUAGCCCAGAGACCAGAAAACCAGUCUUGUGAAGAGCAAGUAGUGGCUUUACUGGAGACUAUAGGAGCAGAGGAAGGCCAGUACCAGCUAGGACUCACUAAGGUGUUCAUGAAGGAGACUCUGUACCAGCGGGUGGAGGAAAAAUGGAGUAGCACCCAAACAUGGGCAGCAGUCACCAUCCAGAGAAACAUUCGUGGCUUCAUCUGCCGAAGAAACUUCCGUUUCUUUAAACAAAAGGCUAUUGUCAUCCAGUCCCACAUCAGGGGCCACCAGGCCCGGAAGUACUACAAGAAACUGAAACAGUCCUUCACUCAGUUCUGGGCAGCUAUGAUGAUCACCCGAGACACCAUUAAGAGACGUCACUGGAGAGAACAUAGUGAUAGAACCAGAGUGAAGGAAGCAGCAAAACCUAUAUCUUCCUCUUCAGAGAUGGAUGUGGGAAUAUUGGAGAUCCCGGCAGAACUGUCGGCCAGAUUACGCAGUGCAGCAGGGCGUCCUCAAGGAUCAGGGGUGACUGAAGUAGCUCUGCCAAAGGUCAAAGCAGAACACAAACUCUCAUUGCCCCUAGACAUUGACAGAUACCCUUUCACCCAAUAUGCCAACACAGUCCUGAAGGAUGGAUGGUGCCAACCGCAGGGUUACCCGCUUCAGAAGCCUUUGACAUCUCUGGACCCUGAGGAUGCCCGUGCAGCUCUAGAAAUCUAUAAACUGAUCCUGCGUUUCACUGGUGACUCAGAUCUGACAGGCUGGCAAGAGCAGAUGUUGGGGAACUACAUUGUGGAGAAGAGCCAAACUCGGCCCAGCAUGCGAGAUGAGAUUCUAGCCCAACUGGUCUACCUCACUUGGGACGAGGAUAAUGUGGAGAGCACCCUGCGGGGCUGGUUGCUCCUGGCCUGCUGUCUGAGCGCCUUCACACCAUCUCCUGCCCUGGAGAAACCUUUGCUCAAGUAUGUGUCGGACCGGGGUCCAGGGGAGUAUCGCUCUCUGUGCCAGCACAAGCUCCUCACAUCCCUCCAGCUCCCCUCUCCUGCCUGCAGGCAGCACCCCCCGAGUCAACUUGAAUGGACAGCCAAUCAGAGAAAGGGAAAGAUGGUGGUGGAGGUCAACACUUUCAUUGAGGAAAGGUUAACUGUGGAGGUGGAGUCUUGGACCACAGGGGAACAACUGGCUUCUUGGCUUCUUGGCUACAGAGGUCUGACUGAAGCUACACGGGGUUGGUCUGUGUCUUUGUUGGCUGGGGAGGGCUGGACUGACCUGGCUGGCAGUGACUUUGUCAUGGAUCUCCUGGCUGGAGUGGAGGCUGAUGUGCCCCUGGGUCACCCACCUGCUCAAAACGGUUACCUCUUUAGUGACACAGGCAACAGGAUGGCAACCACAGACCUGGAUGACUUUAUACCACCUGCUCCCCCUAUGCAGGCCCCUGGUCUCCCCUCCUUUGAAGCAUCUCCAUGGGACACCACCUAUGAACCCUCCUCCACAUCCCAAGGAUCUCGAGGUCGGCCAAUGGAUGCUUACGUUGAUGACCUCUUUGAUCCUGUGUUUGAUCAAGGUCCUCCGGACUUUGAACGGAUGGCCAUGCUGAAUCGCAGAAUGAGAGGAGGGGGAGGUAUGAUGCCCAGCAUGUACGCCGGAGCAGGAAUGCCAAUGAAUCCUGCCAUGGCUGGCUAUGGUGCCACUCCAAUGAUGCCAAACAUGAUGCCCAUGAUGCAGCCCAUGCCACCUAUGAUGAUGCCAACUGCCAUGCCACAAGCCAUGCCUGCUGCCACACCGGCUGUCAACACACAGCAAAUGGCUGCUCAACAGCAGGCCUUUAUCAAUCAACAGGCUCAGCUUCUGGCUCAGCAGAUGACCAUGCAGGCAAUGACACUGUCCCAGAAGCAACAGCAGGAAGAGAUGCGAAAACGUGAGAAGGAAUCACAGAGAAGGUCACCACACCAGCGGCGGCGCUCUCCUCCACGUGCACGUUCACCUUCACGCUCACGCUCACCCUCACCUAAACCCCGAAGCCGCCCCCAGGCAGAAAGAAUCACCCCUCAGCCCCCGAAAAAAGCCCCAGAGGCCCCUCCAAAGCCCCGCAGCCCUGAGGCACAGCCUGAGACAAGGGUGGAUCUUAAGGCCCCGGAAGAUCAAGGGUCCUUUCAAGAGAAGAGGGAUUUUUUUCAAAAGAUUGUGAAACCAUUCCCAGAACCUCCUAAAAACCAAGAACCUGAACCAGAAUCUCCAGAACCCACAUCUCCUAAACCAGAACCUACCAGCAACAUUAGAGAGAUCAUCAAGCGGUACCAGAGCCGGCCCACUCCAGAACCUAAAGCCUACGAGCCUGUCAGGGUUUCAGCCAAGCACUUUUUAAAGAAAAAUGACCCCAAAGAAGAGGCACUGGCUAUUCUCAAAGCUCAGGGACCUGUCACUCAACAAAAGAAACAGGUGGUAGACAUGCCUCCUCCGCCCCCUCCGCCCCCUGAGUCCCACAGCCGUCGCCCCAUCUCCAAUGAUAUGAAACAGAAGCAGCGUUCACUAGCUGAUCUCUUCGGCUCGCAGCGCUCACAGGCUCUGCCUCGAGUUCGUGACCCCAUCCCUCCUCCACCACCUCCCAGCAUCCCUGACCCGCCUCCGGCACCUGCACCUGGACUUAAUCAGUUCAGCCGGAUGACAGAGGAGGAGAUCGUUCGCUCCCAAUUGCACAGAUUCUCUGCUAGCGUCUACUUCUCCUACCCCAAUAUGCCUGGCAAACUCUUUCUGCGCAAAGAGCUAUUUUAUCCCAGAGAAAAAUUCAACCAUCCAUACAUCCUUAAUUUGCUCUGUGAGCAGAUCAUGCGAGACACUUACUCGGAUUCUUGUCUGAGGAUUUCACGUGAGGAGCGGCGUAAAAUGAAAGACCUGUUGGCAAAUUUCCAUAUCGGAUCCAGUGUCAGUUCCCUAGAUGAUGAUGCCAUGAAGAAAAGAAUUGUCAUGGCAGCAAGAGACAACUGGUCCAAUUACUUUUCACGUCUCUUUAAUGUGAAGCUGGGGAAUGGAGAUGCUCAGAUUCUGGGAGUGUCUCAUAGAGGAAUCAGACUGCUGAAGGUGGCCAGAGCUUCAGGCAUAUAUCCCAAACACCUCAAACUGCUCCACAGCUACAGUUACUCACAGGUGUUGUCGGUGCAGCAGCAUGAAGCUGGAAAAGUUGUGAUCACUUUGAGUAAUGAAGAAUUGGAACUUCACUCCCAACAGGCUCCACAUAUCGCUGCUGUGAUUCGCCUUUUCCUCAUGGAGCUGAUUAAGACCUCAGACUAUGUGAUCGCUGUGAAGAGCUAUGUAACAGAUGACAGGAGCUUGCUGAGCUUCCACAGAGGCGAUGUCAUUAAACUGUUGAACAUGGACGGACUCAAGGAUGGAUGGAUGUUUGGUUCCAGUGGGGGCCGUUCUGGACUCUUCCCGGUGGACGUCACUCAGCCUUGUGCCCAACCAGACUACCACAGCAGCAACAUGGAGCGGCAGCUUGAACGAAAAAAGAGUAUGAGACUCACCGGCUCUUACCCCAACAUACCUGCUAAUGGCUCCGUCCCCAACAAACUUGUCAAUGGCACUGUGACCAACAUACCUGCCAAUGGCUUAGUUUCUAACACCCCUGUUGCCCGCUCCGUGGCUGCCAGCAGUGAAUACAGUGUGGAGGUGGCGUCCAUCAACAGAUCUGAAUCAGAACGUCAGCAGCAUAUCAUGACUGAGUUUGCCAGGAAGUUCUUCACAGAUUCUAUCACCAAACCAGACACGAAAGACAAAAGUCUCAAUGAGAUGGUGGAAUACACUCCAAAUCCCAUUCUGGAAUCAUUGAUCCUUUUCUCAGACAAUGAUCUCAAUCGUCUGGGUGCUCAAAACUUCAUGUUUUUGAUGCAGUUUAUGUUGGAUCAGCCUAUGAAGAAAAAUCAGACAGAAAGCGACUGUGUUAACUUCAUUUUGCAGCUGGGAAAAGAGAAGGAGUUCCUCAGGGAUGAGAUCUACUGUCAGGUCAUCAAGCAGACCACCAAACACCCAGUCAGGGAGAACUGCACACGUGGCUGGCGUUUGUUCAGUCUGGUGACUGGAUUCUUCCCCUGUUCCAACACUCUAUUUCCGUAUUGCACCCGCCACCUUGAGACCAUUAUUCAGGAUGCCAACCACCCUUUUCAAGAACUGGCAAAUGUGUGCGCAAUGAAUCUCAGACGAUCACUCAAUUUUGGAGGACGCAGGCACAUCCCUUCACAUUCAGAAAUGGAGGCCAUUUUGGCUGGGAGAAACACUCGUCGGCUGCCCAUCAUGCUGCCUGGUGGAAACGAUUUUACCAGCAAGAUUCACAGCUUUACUGUUGCAUUUGAGGUGGUAAAAGACUUUUGCGCUGAGAUGGGUGUCUUAAAUCCAGCAGAAGUAAAGGAAUUUUCCAUCCAUGCUACUAAAAAAGGAGGUGAUGUGACACGCCCAAUUCACUCCGAUGAGUAUCUAUUUGACUUCCUGCUGGAUGAUGGCUCGAUCUCCCUCUCCUUUCAUCGAUUAAUCUGGAAACAGCCACUCCAAUUCAGCAAUGAUCUUUACCUGGAGUUCCACUACCAGCUGCUUCUGGUUAAUUAUCUGCAAGGUAGGCUGUUGCUGCCAAUGAACAGCUCUACAAUCUACCAGCAGGUGGCAGAGUUUACUGCUCUCCAACACCUUGCACUUGGACUGACUGAUCUACCAUCCAAUGCUGAGGUAAAGCAGUACCUUCCCCGGAAUGAUCGGUUCAAGUCCAGUGAUGAAAGGCUUCUUGCUACUAUACGAGCACAGUUUUCUACCUUAGGCCCCCUCAGCCAUCUUGAUGCCAAAGCUCGCUUUAUCAAAAGUGUCAGUUUGCUGCCUCUGUUUGGAUUUGAUAUAUUCACUGUUCAGAAAGUUAGUCAUCGCGGCUGCCCCUCUCCCUCGCUGAUCGCAGUCAACCAUGAAGUUAUCUCGGUCCUUGAUCCCAAAUCACAGAACGCAUGUUUGACAGUGUCUCUAGAGGAUGUGCAGUCCUUGCGCUCAAUCCGUCCCAAGAAGGACAAGCUGCAAUCAGUUGAGAUCAGUUUUAGUGGCCAAACUCAACCCAGGACUCUCAGCAUCAGUCUAAAGCAGGCAAAAGAACUAUGCCACACCAUUGCUGUGAUUAUGGAAGAGGUGGUGAAACCCUCCUACAGCGCCAUGUCCAGUCGGGCCGGAACCCCUCAUUAAACAACCAACAUAUGCAAACCACCUAAGAUCCCAUGACUUACCCUGAGUUCAAAUAUGUCUCCUGCCAUAAAUCAUUACAAACAUUAUGUUUUCAUAAAAUGUUGAAAAGUUUACAUAAGAUCAAGGCUAAUAUUUACCAGGUGUUUAAGUAUUAGUGUUUGGGGCAGUCGUGGCCUAAUGGUUACAGAGUCAGACUGACUUGUAACCGAAGGUUGCGGGUACGAUUCUCAAAAGCAGAAUGAACAGCUCUCUCUUCCACCCUCAAUAGCCACGACUGAGGCACCUAACCCCCCCAAUCACUCCCCGGACGCCACAGCAAAUAGCCACGGUUUGUUCACGACUCACUGCUCCUAAUUUGUGUGCACUAACUUGGAUGGGUUAAAUGCAGAGGACGAAUUCCAAAUAUGAGUUACCAUACUUGGCCGUCACGUCACUAAUUCAUUAUAUCCAGGGUUCUCAACAAGGGGACUGUAAAAAUACUGGGGGUUGCACAGAAGAUGCAUACAGCAUAUAUAAAUUUGUUUAGAAAUGUCAUGAUAUUUUGAACUCUUUGGAAUGAACAUUAAUGAUUUGAUAACAAUUAUUAUAUUUUAAUUUUUUUUGGGGUUUUUUU